AUGGGAGGAGGACUGACGAAGGAAGAGCGCAAGCAGGUGUUCUACGUGUUCAGCAAGAUCGACACCUCGAAGGCUGGCCACAUUUCGAUCGAUAAUCUCAAGAAAUAUUGUACUGGCUGGACAAAGGAGGGUCUGCUUCAGGUGCUCAAGUACGCUUGCGCUACCAAGACCGGCGAAAUCUCGCCUGGCGGUUUUGAACAGUUCUGCAAGUCGCGAGUGGUCUACGCCUGGUACCUCUACGACAAGGAGGGCUCUGGAUCGAUUGAUGUGGAGAACGUGAAGGACGUGCUAUACGACAUGCUCAAGAAUGCUGGCGACGAGGAGAUCGACACGAUUGCGCAGGAGAAGAUCAAGCAAUGGGACACCAACGGCGAUGGCAAGGUCACCCUCUCGGACUUCACCGAGUACGUGAUCAAGAGCAUCGCCGCCGAGAAGGACCCGUGGGAGUUCGCCCAGGAGUAA